AUGGACGUGGUGGAGCUCGGCGUGGCCGAAUCGCGAGCCAACACGAUGACGACGACCGGCUACGGAGGCGGAGGACCGGUAUGCGGGCCAGGAUCAUGUGCCGACAAAGACCCGUCUGGUAUGGACUACUUUAUGGCAAAGGUAGCAUGCUGCUUCCAGCUGGUCCAUGACUUGGCUGAUGACGCCCGCAAGGCUUACGUCAACAACGACUUUGACUCGGCGGGCAAGUUGUUCUCUGCUGCUCUCGAGCGGUCAAAGGUCAUUCUAGACGUCGUCACCACCGCUCCGCCGCUCACUGCCGCAGGCGUCGACGAGACUUUUCAGGCCGAGCUCGAACGGACCGUCCUGGAGGUCCAACUGCACCUGAUUGCGGUCCAUAUGCGUCGCGAGGAUUGCGACGCUGCGUCGCAGCUCUGCGACGCCCUUUUCGACGCCUCGGCAAACGUGCUCGUCGAGCAGCAUCCAGAGCUCCUGGUUAAGCUGCUCUUCCGCAAGACCCAGAUCCUCUGUGCCCGUGGCUCGUUCGCCGACGCCCGCGAUAUGAUCGCCCGCGCCCAGGCCCUCAGUCCGUCGUCGCCAGCCAUUGUCCGGCUCGCCGCAGACAUCGAGGCCGCGCUGGACGCAAGUGGGGUCGCUAGCGCCGCGGCACCGCCGGCCAGCUCUGCGCCUCGCCGCGAGUGUGGCGAGGUGCCCAGAGGCGGUCGGCUGACAUCGACUGCAGCCACAACCACGAGUGCGAGUGCAAGCUCAAGCGGUAGCCACCCGACCAAGUCGUAUCACAAGGUUGUGGAUGAUCUUGUGGCCGAGAAGGGCGCCAAGGAGCGGAGCGCGGCGGCCGAAGCGGCCGAGGCGUCGUCCUCGCUGAUGCACUCGGGCGCGUUUGGCGCCGUCUGCUCGCAGCUGGCGCAGCGCGGGUGCGGCGUCGAGCUGCCGUCGCCGAUGGAGAUGGUGACCAGCCGCAAGCUCGGCAUUCCUGGCACCGGCUUUUGCCGCGGCGCCAAGCUGGCGCUCCUCUCGCGCCCCGCGUUUCUCCCAGCAAGCUACGAAGGAGUGGUAGACUCAUACGAGGAGCGCGUGUACUGCGGGCGAUUCUCGAAAGACGGCUCGCUGUUUGUCACGGCUGCGCAGGACUGGCGGCUGCGAGUGUACGACACGUCGCGUGGGUCGGACCUGCCGCAACUUGCCGGCGACGCCGCAGCGGUGAUGGGCCGUUGGACGGUGACCGACCUCGCGCUGGCGCGGGACAACUCGCUCCUGGCGUACUCGUCCAUCACGCCUGUGGUGUACCUUGUCUCGCCGCACGACCUUGAUGGCCCGCACGUCGAGCUCUCGUACCUUGCCGAGUCGGGCUGGUGCGGCAUCUGGUCCUUGGCGCUCUCGGGCGACAACUCGCUGCUGCUAGCGGGCACGUCGUCGCCGGCAGUGGUCGGAGCCGACGUUGCCACGGGCACGCUCACAGUCUCGAUCACCGACGGCCACACUGACGACAUCAACUCGGUGGCAUUUGCUGGGAGCACCGGCGACGGCGACAACGUCUUUGUCUCGGGCUCUGACGACGCCUCGAUCAAGGUGUGGGACCUCCGCGCGCCACACAUCCCGGUCGGUGUCCUUAUCGGCCACCUCGAGGGCGUCGCUCACGUUGCAUCCAAAGGCGACGGCCGGUUCAUCGCCUCCAACGGAAAGGACCAGGCGCUCAAGUUGUGGGACUUGCGGCGGUCGGCCAUCCCGGUCACCGACUAUGAGCGCUUGCCGCGGCGAUCAUCGGCGUACCCGUCGUGGGACUACGUCACGUCCGAUUACCCGGGCGUCGGAACCGGGGCGCGCCACCGACGACUCGUUCUGCAGACUCUCAUUCGCUGCGGCUUCUCCUCGCCGCACACCACCGGCUCGCGCUUCCUCUACUCGGGCUCGCACGACGGCGCCGUCUUCAUCUAUGACACCAUAGGGGCAACGUGCGCGGAGCUCUUGCCGAGUGAUCGCCCGCGCAACCCGGUCCGCGACGUGGCAUGGCACCCGUACGACGCACGCAUCUACACCUCGUCGUGGUCGGGCGACGUGUGUCGGUUUGGCAUUGCUACCUGA